CGCCUGAUUCGCAAGAGGAUUUCUACGCAAGAGGACGUCACUACUAGCAGCAAGGAUUUCUACAUUUCUGUGAGGACUUCGACGGAGAAGCAGACAUCACUUACUAGCAGCAACCAUGAUGAACCCGUCGCACAUACCACCAGGUCUAGAGUACCUUGGCAUGAUCGACCAGAUCAUCAUUAAACAGAAAGUGCAGCUACUAGAAGUCUUCACCGGCUUUGAGACGGCGAACAAGUACGCCAUCAAAAACAGCAUGGGCCAAGACGUUUUCUUCGCCGUCGAAGACACUGACUGCUGCACUCGCAAUUGCUGCGGCCCCAUGCGGCCCUUCGGCAUUAAGGUGCUGGACAACUUCAAGCGCGAGGUGAUGUACAUUGAACGACCACUACGAUGCGACAGCUGUUGGUUCCCAUGCUGCUUACAGACCUUGGAGGUGAUGGCGCCACCGGGCACGACACUCGGCUAUGUGGUCCAGGAAUGGAGCAUCCUCUACCCGCGGUUUCGCAUCGAGAACGCUAUGCACGAGACGGUGUUACGCAUCGAGGGUCCCGCCUGUCGCUGGAGCUGUUGCGGCAGCGACGUCGUCUUCCACGUACUGUCAAAGGAUGGACAGACGCAAGUUGGUAGGAUAUCUAAGCAGUGGUCCGGCCUGUUAAAGGAGGCCUUCACAGACGCAGAAAAUUUUGGCAUCUCUUUUCCAAUGGACAUGGACACGAGCAUAAAAGGGGUGCUCAUCGGUGCAGCUUUUCUUAUCGACUUCAUGUUCUUCGAGAAGACGGGCAAUCAAGAACAAGAUUGCUUUGGAAUGUUUUAGGAGGAGCCACAUGAAACGGGUUGAAGUGAGAGUACACUCGCACGACGGGAUUUUUCGUUCCUUCUCGUGCAGCCCUUGCGCAAAAUAUGAUCGCCAUACGACAGCCGAAUGCGACGUCGCCGCAGAGUAUAUUUCGCACGAAGAGUAUCGGCACUUACCGCAGCCUAUACAAUCAGUGGCCGCGUUUACACGAAUUACAUAGCAGCGCAUCGCGUCCUUUUAUUUAUUUUUAUUUUUUUCGCAUCACGGCUAUGCCAAGGCGUGCAUACUUCUGGCGCAUCCGGCUGCCCCUGAGACACGUCAAAACCUGUUUUCGGCGAGUGAAUUUCGCUGGAAAACGGUGAGCGCUAACAACAGCCAUCUCACUCAUGCUCUUUUCGUCGAUGCGAUACGCCGGCAUUUUCCACCAAUCGCGAAAAAGGACUACACCCGUGAGCGAUUCGCCUAGCGCAUCGCCAACUACACAUAGAUGCGACACGCUCGAAGUGCGAUGCGAUGUGCUCCUAUUGUCGCAUUUUCUUGUAAACGCUGAUAUUUGCCUGUUAAAAAGGCCUUGCGCUGCUAAACUCGAGGACGCGGGUUCGAUGUCGGUCAACACCUAUCGACAUCCGACUGGAGCAAAGCGCUAGACCACACGCGUACUUAGUUUUUAGUUUUAGGUACAUGUUAAAGAAUCCCAUUUUAGUCAAAAUCAAUCUGUAGUCCCCGUCACGGCUCUGUCUCAUAAACAUAUUGUAUACACUUUUGGCACGCAGAUCCCCUGAAUUUAAUCUUAAAUUUGCGGGCUUGGGCGUUGCAAGCAAACAAGAGCAGCGGGUAUAUCACGCGGUAUAGCGACUGCGUCUGGGACGUAUGAAACGGCUGCGUGACGAGAAAACGGUCGCAAUUUGAUACAAAAAUCCACGCGCCGUUCCUCCUAAGGAGCGGGAGUCAUGAUCACGCGUAUGAAUGCCCUGCUCAAUACGUAUACUGCCUGCAACAUCAAUGGCCGCGUGACUUCGGUUAACAAUUCCAUGCGGAAUGUGCAACGCCUACACUAUAGUAAUGCGCCGCGAAGCAAAACAGGAAGGCAAGAGAAAAAUGUUGGGGAAGGAGAGUUUGUGACGUGAACGUGACGCAGCUCGUCCGCUCAGGUACGUGGGAGAAUGAACGCAGAUAGCAUACGUUAUCAUGCAAGUUUUGUCAUUUGUGCACCUACGGUAUGUGAAAAUAAUGUGCGUGUUCAGCUACCCAUUCUUCACGUGUGUAUUACAAAAGUGACUAUCAUGUAAUGUAAUUUGUGAGCUAACGUAAUUCUUCAUUGCUGUAUGUAACUUCGCGCCUUUUUUGUAAAAUUCACUUUUUUUCGCUUAAUAGACUUCUUUUUUAACCUUACUUUAGCAGCCUCUUUUCUGUGAAAUGUAAAUCUACUCUGAGGGUACUGUAAAUAAAUAAAUAAAUAAAUAAAUAAAUAAAUAAAUAAAUAAAUAAAUAAAUAAAUAAAUAUUUAGAGUUUUCUUUAUAAAGAUAGCACCAGCCUUCAGUCCGUAUUAUUAAAAUGCCUCCAAGCUCGACGAAAGCUUGACACUGUACAGUCGUUGCUCGUUUAUAUUGUCUCGGGGCCGAAGUGUAACAAACAUGAGUACGUGACGCACUGCGAUACACAUGGGGUCAUAAACACGCUGAUGUGUACACGAAACACACGACACGCAAUGCACCCGAAGCGGUCUUCCUUUGAAGUCAUCGUUGGAGCACCCUCAUAAAUUAUCGCUGUAUUGCAGCGCUAUAUACUACUCACAGAGGUAUAAGCGAAAUAAAGGGAGGCCUUCCAAGGCAGUUACCGAGAGCUUUGCGUGGGACGCCAUUCGUACUUAGCGAACUGAGAACGUCCUUGACUUGCAGAAGCUUGCGCCAGUCGCGCAGCUAAGUGUCCAUUGACCUAUACCGGCGCUCUCGGCUUAUGUAAAGCCGCGUGCAAAAUUUUAGAGGCCACGGCAGCGCGUGCCAAACUAAAGCCUGCCAAACUAUAGGGCGCCUCGAUGCAAGCGUUCGCUGACAUCGGCCAGACUGCAUCGCUUCUCCUUUUGACGGUGUCACGGUUGACGUCGAGAGCGUGUACCGCGCACGCGCGUCCUUUACAACAUGCUAUAGUCUGAUAGUUCGUUCGCUUGAAGCGCGCGCGCAUCGGAACGCGGUGGGGAGUGCAAAGAGGUAAGCCCUGUUCUGGCAUGCUAUGACCAGAAAAUCGGAAGGUGGAAAGGGGAAAAAAGGAUAAACAAGAGCAACGCAAGAGACGGGAGAGGAAAGAAAGGAAGGAGAGAUGCGCAUAUACGAUUAAGCGUCUCAUACAAUUAUUUCCAUUUAUAGUGCAAUGUCUUGCAGGCAGGCCGCAACAGCCCUCGUAGAUGUCCUUGCGCCGUGCCGACACAGUGCGGUCAAAAUAGAACCUUUCGAUAAUGCUUGCCUUCCCCCCGCAAUAGGUAUACAGAGCCAGCCGGAAGCUUCCUGGAUGUAGAUCCUUAGAUAUAUAAAUCGAAAAUUAGACGCUACCCUGCUGGAUCGGUUUACCUUCAUGAAUGGCUAAUACCCGCUACGGGUUUUGGCCAAGUCUUCGUGUCGUUGCUGGCUACUAGCGCACUACAAGAGGCGGCACACGUGACGUUGAACCGAACACUUUCGACGUCAGUCGUCACUACAUAUAGUUUCGCAAUCACGACGAUGUUCAUCGCGCGUUUCACUGUUCAUUCGAUCGACGAAAUUUGGCAUCGCAAUGGAACAGAACUGGGAGACGUCUAAGUAGACAACGCUUGUUUGUGAAGGGCUGGACCGUGUAACGUACACCACGAAAGGUCGGCACAGUCUAAGACCCUUCAUCGAAAUUGCGCGAAACCACCAUCCUUGGCAGCGCUCGACCAGCGUUGAACCAACGCGCACUGCGGAACCGAUGUGACGAUGAGGAAAAAGAAAAAUAAAGAUGGUGGUAUCCGCCGGCUGCGUUGUGCCAUGGUG